AUGGCCACGGUCGAUCCGAUCCAGGCGUUGUGCAGCGCCCUCGCGCAGGCGACGGGUGGCGCCUACGCCGUGGAUUUGCGUAUGCCGGAUGGUGUGCAGCGUCUUGCUGAAGUCGUUGAUCUCUUGUUUGGAAAGCGCAUUGUCUCGGCGGAUGUGCGUGAAAGGUUGACGGUGCACGUACCGGCGGCCAUCAUGGUCCUGCUGGCCGAUCCGUCUGGCGUGUAUGCAAAGUUGGCGUGCGAGUGCUUCGCGUCGGUGUAUCCCCGUGUGUUUUUGCAUGUGUGUCAAGAUCGAUCGCCUAUGGGCCAUCAUCUGUGGCAGAUCGUCGGCGCAAUCAAGGAACGUAUUCAUACGACGCUGGAUCAUGGCUCACUUGGUGCGCGUAUUGGCGCCGUGAAAGCCGCGCAGCGUCUCAUUCAAGUUCAGACGCAGCCGGAUGGUGAUCCACGACUGCAAAAUCGCGCAGAAAUUAACGUGAAUGCCGUUCCGUCAGAUCAUCCAUUCUUGCAAGCCACGGCGCUGGAAUCCGAGGCGGAUCAGGUGUUUACCAAGCUUGUGACUCUCUUCUUCACGUGCUCGGCCCCGAGCCUGGUCAUGGCGACGACGCACGUCUUGACGCGGCUCGCUCGUCUACGCACGAAGCUGCACAAGGUCGUCAUUGAGGCGUUUAUUAGCUGGACCCCGACCGCUUUGGCCUCGUUGGCUCCUGUCCACAUCCGCAGUGCCGAAAAUACGGUGCGUUUGGCUAUGGUCCACUUUUUGCAGCAUGGCUCCGUGGAGCCUCAAACGACGCAAUUGACGCAGGCUCUGGAACGCCAAAAAGAACGUAUGGACCUAGCUAUGCGUGAAGCACAAGCCGCGCAGCGCGAAGGCCUGGCGCGUAAGCGUGAGUCGCAAAAGGAGGCCGAGCCUUCCACUUCGAAACGUGCUCGUGGACUUACGCCUACAGAUCCACGACGACCUACGGGCUUGACGGCCGAGCAGGUAGCGCAGCUGCCGCUAGAUCAUGUGGUGGAUGCGAUCAUUGCUGGUCUGCAGAGCGUGCCGGAGGAUCGCCUCAAGACAGCGAUCGAGACGUUUGUACGUGCAUCGGCGCCAACUGCCUCGUCGGAACCUGUCGACCCACUCAAGAUGGAUGUAGGCGAUGAUGAUGUACCGACUGUGGCUUUGACAACGCGGCCUGCUACGGCGGCCGACGAUGUCGUGCCGCUCGCGAGUCUCGAGCACUUUGAGAUGCCGGCGCCUACGCCGCUUGACGACAAGGAAGUGCAAGCAUUGAUUGUGGAUUCCGUGUCGCGGAUCUGUGAAAAUGGCAGUCAGCUUGUGCCUGCGCAAGCGCUGGAACGCGUCUCGGAAGGCCAUGCAGCGCUGUGGAUCAAGCUGGUCGUGCGUCUGGCGACACGCGGCUUUGCGACGUCCAUGCCGUCGAUGGAAACGCCUGCCGUGCUGACUACGCAGGCGGAUCGUGUGCGAACGAUGCUGGUCGAGUUUGUAAGCCAAGACUUUGCGGAGCGUCGCGGGAUUGCGCAGCAGUGGCUCACCGAAGAAUGGGCCUGCGACCGAUGGCGGCAAGCGAACCAGGCCGACGCAACGUCGAUGUAUGACGUGUGGCUCGACAAGGUGCUGGAUACGCAACUAAGCUCGCCGCUGAUUGACGAUGUGGCGCUGGCCAACUUCUUGCGUGACCUUCCGCAAGUGCCACUCGCCGUGUUAGAUCGGCUGUAUGAGCUGUGCUUGGAUCGGAGUACGAUUGGCGAAGGGUUCUCUCUCUUGCGUGAUGUUAGUGCAGCUCGUCCUCCGUUGCGCGUGCCCGUGUGCCACAAAGUUUUGCAGUUGACGCGGCACAGUGAGCGUCUCGUGCGUGGCAAGGCGAUUGUCACGGCACGUACAUGGGUCCUCCAAAAAGGACCUCUAGCCGAGGUCGUCUUGGCGUUUGCACGUGAGUCGCUGCAGCUGCUCGUCGAAGAAGCCCAAGCGCAUGCGAAAGACGAGGACGCUGUGCCUGCGACCGUGGAGGCGGAAGAGGCAGAAGAGACGGCCGCCGAUCCGCUGGGCCUGAAUGAGCAAGAUGUGCUGCGUCUCAUUGAGCUGGCCCUGGUGUUGAGCGUGAAGCAGCCAGGCUUCUUUGCCGAGGUCGUGCGUAUAUACCCCCUUGUACCUGCACCUGUGCAAGCUGCGAUGCAGAAGCAUGUCACGCCGGUAGCGCGGUCCGUCGGUCCCAACAGCACGGCGCUGCUGGACGUGCUGCGGCACUAUCCGGAGGGCGCCGACUCGUUGGUCGUGGCGUUGCUGCGUAUUCUGAUCGACAAGGGCCAUACGCGAGCGCUGGCGGAGCUUGUGCGCGAUUUGUGUGCGACGCGCAACUUGUCGGUCGAGUUCCUUUUGCCGCUGGUUCCGCAGCUGGAUCGCGAGGCGAUGCUCGAGGCGCUGCCGCGUGUCGUCUCUGUGCUCGCCGACGGGUCCGAGGAGCACAAAGUGGAGGUACAUCGGCUGUUCCAGACGCUCAUUGCGCCGGCGCUGCAGGCGGCGGGGGCCGAGGCGGCGGGCGAGCAGCCGACGACGACAGCGAGUGUCACGCCCGUCGAGUUGUUGGUGCUGCUGCAUGUGCAUGAAAAGGACAUUGGGCUCAAAGCCGCGUUGCAAGCGGUGCAAAUCUGUUUCUCCAUGAGCGAGAUCUUCCGCAGCGAUGUGCUUACGGCCGUGCUGAACCGUUUGGUCGAAGAAGAGCCUGUGCCUGUGCUGUUUAUGCGCACGGCGAUCAUGGCGACGAAAGCCUUCCGUACGCUCGGCUCGUACGUCUCCACGUCGCUUCUCUCGCGUCUCGUGCAGAAGGAAAUCUGGCGUGAGCCGCGUUUGUGGGAUGGGUUUGCGUUGUGUGCGAACCUGACCGCCCCCACAUCGUUCGGCGCGCUCCUGCAAUUGCCCAUGCCACAGCUGCAAGAGCUCGUGCAGAAGCAGCCUGGGCUGCGUGAGCCGUUGCGUGAUUACUUGGUCUACAAGGCAGGUGGUCCCUCACGACAUGGCGCCUUGCUGGCGAUGCUCGACCAAGUCGCGAAGUAA